AUGUGCUCUAAUGCUCUUUCUGACAUUCAACCAUGUCAGGCGUGUUUGUGGGCUCAGGUAUCGCGGGUGUUUCCUUCCUUGAAUGGCAGAGAGCUGCGCGAGAUGAGCAAGUCUGCGAUGGAGGACGGAUCAGCUUACAACGCGCUGGUGGAUCAAGCUUACCUUGCCGGCAUGAAGAAGUGCGACGGAAUGCGGCCAUGGAACAUGGCGAGAUUGGCCGCCGUGACGUUGUUGGGAGCGAUGCUCGUCUCAGCGGUGCUGCUGUUGGCCCUGCGGGACAGUGGGGCUGAGGAGAAAACCUCUGCUCUGCUGGGUAAGAACAAGAACCCUGGCUACGACAAGGAGUUGAAGGCUCUGCUGCAUGAGAAGAUGGAGAGAGAGCUGAGGUACCUCAAAGAAGCUGCGCUAGAAACCGCCGAGGAGAUCGAGCUAGACAAGAAGGUGGAGGACCGGAAGGCGAAGGUGGAGGAGGAGGCCCACAAGGCAGCUCUGGCAGCCUCCAAGGUGAGCGAAAAGUGGUUGCACUCCCAUCCUGCUCGCAAGCCCCGCAGCAAGCUGACGCCGGAGGAGGAAGUGGAACGGGUGCUGAAGAGCUCCAAGGAGCAACAUCAUCGUGAGAAGACAGCCUCCUCCCUGGCUCGCAAUGCCUCCAUCGCUGUGUUGAACACAACCAAGACACACGCCAACCCUGUCUUGAAGGAGGGGCGUGCAAAGAAGAAAUGA